GGGAGAAAGUGCCUUUUGCAGUGAUUCAGUGAUUCUACGAUAUGUAUGAUACUAAAGCAGCAGUAAUCAAUAAAGGCUAUAGUGCCAGCCAGCAAUAGAGUGUAGAAUUAACAGUGUGGGAAGUAAGUUAAGCGAGUAAGCGAUAGAAAAACGACACGAAAGUAACUCUCCAGUGUUGCUGGAUGUGUAUUGGGCCAGUGAACAUAUGCUGGCCUGCUACGUAUCUUCCACCACCCUAAACCUCUGCCAGCAUCUCCUCCAUCAAACUAAUUAAACUAACAUCUCCUCCAAGGUGAAAUGGGAAGAAACAUGGCUGCUGUGGCACAACUCCGAAAAUUUCCAUCUCUGCACUGUAUGCUGUGCUCACCUAAUAGUCAUGCUAAUGUUUGGCAGUGUCUAAGCUUUGUCAGUGUCAAUUAUAUCAUGCAGCGAAAUAAAUCCACUACCAAGAAGUUAAGUGAAGAAGGCAUAAAAAAUAAGAGUGAUUCUAAAAAUGAAGAUACCCCGAAAUUUUCUGAUUUAUAUAAUACUAGUCGGUUAUCUUUUAAUUCUUCAGAAAUUGAUAAAUCUACAAACUCUAAUGAACAAAAUUCAUCACAUAGCUCAUGUACAGAUAAUCCUAAGUCCUCAAAUUCUGCUAAUUGUGUCAAAAAACAGAUUCCUGAAUUUGAAAGUAAAAUUAAUCAAAGUCAGAUUCCAGGUAUUGAAAUUAUUUCUGUAAGGGAAGUAUUGAGAAGUCUGGGCAAGGAUGUGUACAAUACUGGUAAAAAACUUGACAGGGAAUGGCCAAGCAAUAUUCCUUCUUUGGAAUCAGAGAAUUUACUUUCUAAGAAAAAUUUAAAUAUGGCCAGUAAAGAAAUAAAUGUUAAGAGAAGCAAUAAGACUAAAAUAAUUUAUUGUGGGAAAAACCUACCAAUGAAUUAUAAUUUUAUAAGCAAGAAGAAGAUUGUUCUUACAAGUGAGAAAGAAAGUGCUCUGAAUAUUGACGAAGAUGUUCUUGAAAGUGAUAAAGACAGUGUUCUUGAAAGUGACAAAGAUAUUGUUAUUGAAAAUGGCAAAGGUGUUCUUGAAAGUGGCAAAAGUGUUCUGAAAAGUGAUAGAAGUGCUCUUGGAUGUGACAAAUAUGGUAUUCUUGAAAAUGACAAAGGUGAUGUUCUUGAAUAUGACAAAGGUUUUCUUAACAGUGACAAGAAGAUUGUCUUUACAAGUGAGGAAGAAAGUGUUAUGAAGAUUGACAAAGGUGUUCUUGAAAGUGAUAAAGAUUGCAUUCUUGAAAGUGACAAAGAAAUUGUUCUUGAAAGUGACAAAAGUGCUCUGAAAAGUGAUAGAAAUGUUCUUGGAGGUGACAAAGAUUGUAUUCUUGAAAAAGACAAAGAUGAUGUUCUUGAAUGUGACAAAGGUGUUCUUAAAAGUGACAAAAUUGCUCUUGAAAGUGACAAAGAAGGUGUUCUUGAAAGUAACAAAGAAAAUGUUCUGAAAAGUGUCAAAGAAGGUGUUCUUAGAAGUAAAAAAGGUGUUAGCAGUGACAAAUACAGUUCCAAAGCAGAGUCAGACCAUUAUAAAGAUGAACAAAAUUUUAAUAAUACUGAGAGCUGCAAAAUUACAUCUGUAAAUGACCCCCUUAUGAGACAACAUUCUGUAAUGUACCAGGAAAAUAUGCUUGGCAUACAGACACUCUCCUCUAACCUUGCUGAUCAGAUAUUUAAGGGAGUCACACCAAAAGAUUCUCAGGAAGCACAAGAGGAUUUUCAGAGAAGCAAAGAUCAUCUACAAGCUCAUGGCUUAUGGAACAAGGAAAAAUCUGUUCUUCCAGAUUAUGACCUCCAGCUUCCUACAUUUGAAGAUCAAAACUUGGAUAAACAUUUCCAUAUUGUUGCAGAGCAACAGUGUGCUCCAUAUAAAAAUUUGUUGAGUCAGUUGGUAGGAGCAGACCUUCCCUGUUUACCAGAUACAUGGCACUUGUCUCUUGGUUGGACACGUUAUAAUUCUGAUGGUAGUUACACGCAGGUGGACUUCCCAGACUGUCAUGCAAUUGUUUUUGAUGUGGAAGUUUGUGUGAUGGAGGGAAACCAACCAACAUUAGCUACAGCUGUAUCUGACAAAUAUUGGUACUCCUGGUGUAGCAGUCGUCUAAUAAAUCCUCACACUGCAUGUAGUAAUAGUGUUAGUUUAGAUGACCUCAUUCCACUUGAAUCAUCUAGCAGUUUAGGUUUCCCAGAUUUUAAGACUAAAGAUGUUCCUAGAGUUGUUGUUGGACAUAAUGUAAGUUAUGACAGAAUUAGAGUUCGUGAACAGUACCUAUUGGAGGGAUCAUCCCUACGUUUUGUAGAUACUAUGUCGCUGCACAUAGCUUCAAGUGGUCUAACUUCUGAACAGCGUACUUUAUUAAUGAAAAACAAAAGCAGUGCUAAAAAAGUAACACUGCCAUGGAUGUUUGCUGGCUGCCAGAACAGUCUUGCUGAUGUUUACAAGUUUUAUUGUAAAGCAGGAGAGCUUGAAAAAAGUACUCGAAACAUUUUUUUGAAUGGCAGCAUGAGGGAUGUAUUUAAUGAAUUUCAGAGCCUUAUGAAUUAUUGUGCCAAUGAUGUGAAAGCAACUCACAUGGUCUUAGUUAAAUUGCUACCAAUAUUUUUUAAAAGAUUUGCUAAUCCUGUUACAUUUUCAGGAAUGUUAGAGAUGGGAUUAACUUUCCUUCCAGUUACAGAAAACUGGAACAAAUAUAUUAAAUCAGCAGAAGCAGAGUUCCUCCACGUAGAAAGAUUGUUAAAUGAAGAGUUGGUAAAACAAGUUCAAGCAGCUCUUGCAUUUAUGGAAGAUAAAAAAUAUGAACUGGACCCAUGGCUGUGGGACCUUGACUGGUCAUUACCUAAAGGAAAAGUAAGGACUCUUCGUGGGUACCCAAAUUGGUAUAGAAAGCUAUGUGCUCGUAUUGGUGACAGGGAAGGCACUCCAGAACCUGAAAAUAUGAGCACCAGUUUACGAGUUGUACCAAAAUUGUUAAGACUCUCUUGGAAUGGUUUUCCUCUUCAUUAUGACAGACAGUAUGGUUGGGGUUUUCUGAAACCUUUGUUCAGGAAUAUUUAUGAAAUACCAUUGCCCGAAAUUCCUCCAGUUGAUGACUCAGCUAAAGACAAAGCAGUCUUUCCUGUGAAGGUGCUCUAUGAGAUGUGCUCUCCUCAACAAACUGAAAUUAAACCUCAUACUGAACUGAAGGAAAAAGAAAAGUGUAAUUCACUAGACACUGAAGAAGGCUGGGAUUUUGAUCUGUCAGUGGAUCAGUUUCAAAGUUCUAAUACUUCUAAUAGAUUUGCUAAACAAAAUGAUACCUUGAGGGACAUAGGCAUUCCUGGUGUUGGCUUUGUACCAUUACCACACAAAGAUGGGGCUGCAAAUCGUGUUGGAAAUCCAUUAGCCAAAGAUUUUCUGAAUAAAAUUGAGGAUGGGACUUUAAGCAGUCACUUUGGAGAUAUUGCUGAACUUGUGCUGAAGACUACUAAAACCUUGUCCUACUGGAAGAAUAAUCGAGAUCGUGUACUGUCGCAAAUGGUCAUUUGGUACAAUGACUCCUCUUUACCACAGUCUGUUGCUUCAGCAGGUAAGGGUUUUUGAAAAUCUAUUUAUUUACUUUCAAACAUUUAGAUAAACUCAUGGGAGUGAAAUACUUGAUUUCUUUUCUAUUUCCAUUAAUCCUUAUUCAUCCUUCUUUGAUACUAGAUAUACACCUAGCAGGUUCAGCCCGUCCUCUUAACAGAGUAUUUCUCUGUUGAUAUGACAGUCAUAUGGGUGACUG